AUGUAUAACUGCACUGCACUGCACUGUCAGACAUCAGAAACAUUCUUCUGGUUUUAUCAUUUUAAAGGCGAGGUGGACAGCGCUAUCUUGAGGAAGAUCCUGCAAAGGCAAAGCAGCGUGUACAACAGAGUCGUGGAACCGUCAGAAGAGAUGAUAAAGGGUUUUAAGGCUCUGGUACAACAUGACACGAGCCUGGGUGCAGUGAAGUUUGACUGGCGUCAACAGACAGCGGAGGAGUACUUCUCCAGGUCCGAUGGCACGAAGUUCGACCUUGCCCAUGCUAUUCAUGUUCUGUACCAUGUGGAGGACCACCACGCCACCUUGCGGAAUAUGUGGGAACAACUGGCUGAGGGAGGCCACCUGUUGCCUUUCUUCUUACGGACAAAAGAGGCACGGGGGAAACUGGUUCCAUGA